AUCUUAAGAAUAAGCAACGACUCUGAAUCUGAAUACCGGCCAUUGAUUGUUAUCUUUUAAUUUUUUUUCUUAUAACAAGCCGAUAACGUAAAAUGUCGAUGUUGACAGUAUGUCAGUGAACCUGAAUGUUGAAGUUCACCAUAGGCAAAUAUUCUAGGUCAAAGAAAAUUGUAUUUACCGUUUUGCAUUGCAUAUGGCUUUGCACGCCACGCGACACGCAACGUAUACUGUAGUACCGCGCGAUUCGGUGUGAUUUAACAGAAGCAAUAAUGUCAAUGACAUCUCGAUAAUAAUUAACGAACAUGCGGUGGCCAUCGUUUAACCUGUUACUAACAAAAAUAUUUCUGGCUUACAUCGUUUACACGAUAUAUAGUUUGUCUCAGUUAUUUGUGGCACCAUCCUGCGAGAAAGGAAAACCAUGCCUGACAUCGUAUCUGAGCCAAAAACCUCAAUUGCAAUUGCAAGUUUAUAGUUCCGUUGACAAAUAUCCCAAUGAAAAACAGCUCCAAUUUGAAUAUUCAAAUGAAAACUUCAAUUACACACACGCAGGUAGUUUCCCUUUAACUGUAGGUGUUCCACAGAAAACCCGAAAUAAUGGAACAAUGUUUUUUCAUAUCAUUGUUGCACCAAGUUCCAAAAAAUAUAGAAAGAACGAUAUGGAUCUAUUAAAGGAAUCUUACGUAUCUUAUACAAUCAUUAAAAUGACACAAUACAAAAUUCCUGAAGCAGAAGCUUUCAAUUUAUUGGGUGACAAGAAUGAGGAUGCCGAGAAGAAAAGGCAAAACUUAGUAACUCCAGUUACCCAUAUUAAAAGUUACGUAACAUUUACAAUAAUGACGGAUGAUGUGAAAUUUCCUACAGACAGUGUACCCAUGGAACUUUUGAAUCAUUUAAAAGUUAAAGGCAGAACAUAUUUACCAAUAAUGACCUGUGAUUUUCUACAAACUAGACAACGUGAUUUAGUAAAAAUUACCCCCCAAAAUAGAACUAUUAAUGUUACAUUGCAAUAUUCACCGAUUUCUAUUGGAAAGUUAAGAUUAUUACUGCAUGUGGAGGAUACUAUGCAGAGUUUGAAAAACUUUGGAUUUUCUGAUAAGGAUAUAGACGAGGUGAAAGGGAUUUUUGCUGACACUAAUAUAUACAUCCUUGGAGGAACUUUCUUUAUUGCAACCAUUCAUCUGCUGUUCGAUUUUCUUGCUUUUAAAAACGAUGUGAGUUAUUGGAGGAAGAAAGACAAUCUCGCCGGGCUGAGUAAAUGGACUGUCAUAUGGCGAGGAUUUAGCCAAACUGUCAUUUUCCUUUAUUUGUUGGACGAAGGUUCAUCCUGGCUCGUUUUAAUUCCCACUGGUAUCGAGUCCAUUAUUGAGAUGUGGAAAUUGAAGAAGGUAUUGAAGCUAAGAUUAAAGAAGAAUAACAGUAAUGUAACUGAAAUGAGAACGCGAGAAUACGACGCGGAGAGUAUGCGUUACUUAAGUUAUCUACUAUAUCCCAUUGUUGUCGGAGGUGCAAUUUAUUCCUUACUUUAUCAACCUCACAAAAGUUGGUACUCGUGGAGUAUAAAUUCAUUGGUGAAUGGAGUAUACGCGUUUGGAUUUCUAUUCAUGCUUCCUCAGCUUUUCGUAAAUUAUAAAUUGAAAUCCGUAGCGUAUUUACCUUGGAGAACGUUUAUGUAUAAAGCAUUCAAUACAUUUAUCGACGAUGUUUUUGCAUUUAUUAUCUCUACACCGAUUGCGCACAGAAUAGCUUGUUUCAGAGAUGAUGCAGUUUUCCUCAUUUACCUUUAUCAAAGAUGGUUGUAUCCGGUGGAUAAAUCUCGUCCAGACAUGGACGCGAUUGGCGAAGCGUCUGUUGAUACUGGCAGCGCGAAUAAAAAAAUGGAAUGAAGUAAAUCUAUUCAGUAUCUCGGUUAUUACUCUUAGUUUACGCACGAUAAAUCAUUCCGAAUGACCGUUUAAUUAACAGAUCACGCCUAAACAUUAUAGCCUUGAUACGAUUUUAAGAGUAUUAACUUGUUACGUACUUACAUCGUCUGAAAAGAACUGAGUUAGCAAUAUUUUAUAAUGUGAUAUCUUAGAAAAAAAUAGAAACUUGUUGAUACAAAUA